AUGCUCACUAAGCUUAGGAUUAGUAAGCUUGUUUCGUAUACUAUACCUCGGAGAAUCUUCCAACGGAGGUUUUUGGUGACGAACAACGCUUUCUCCAACACUGAGGAGGAGUCACCGGUUGUUGUUGCCGCAGAGUCGCCGGAGCUACCUUCUUGGAUCAAAGACUUUUUAUCAAACAAGCCUUCUUCUUCUUCGACGAGUUUGGUCUCCGAAGACGAUGAAGAUUUCGUUAUCCCUUCUUUGGCGAAUUGGGUCGAGAGCCAGAAGUUUAGUAGUGAACAAGUCUCAGAAGGGAAUGUGGUGAAGAAGAAGCCAGUGGAAGAUAUUGAUAAAGUCUGCGAAUUUCUGAACAAGAAGGACGCGUCUCACUUGGAUGUUGUUAAAGAGUUGAGUGGUUGCAAUGUGGUGGUUACAGAGAGUUUGGUUUUGCAAGUUUUGAGAAGGUUUAGUAAUGUGUGGAACCAAGCUUACGGGUUUUUCAUUUGGGCAAAUUCACAAACAGGUUAUACGCAUUCAGCUAAGAGCUAUAACGCAAUGGUUGAUGUGUUGGGAAAAUGUAGGAGUUUUGAUUUGAUGUGGGAGUUAGUUGAUGAGAUGAAGAAGAAGAAGAGUGAUGAAUCUGGGCUUGUUACGCUUGAUACCAUGAGUAAGGUUAUGAGGAGAUUAGCUAAAUCAGGGAAAUAUAGUGAAGCUGUUGAUGCUUUUUUAGGGAUGGAGAUGAGUUAUGGUGUGAAAACAGAUACUAUUGCUAUGAACAGUUUGAUGGAUGCACUUGUGAAAGAGAAUAGCCAUGUACCUGAUCUUAGUAAUGCUCUAAUGGAUGUAGAUGAGAAAGAGAAGAUCUUUAUGCUUAGUAGACAUAGCGAGAAACUUGCAAUGGCCUUUGGGCUCAUUAGCUCGGACAAAGGCACAACAAUCAGAAUAGUCAAGAACCUAAGAGUAUGCUCUGAUUGUCAUUCAUUUGCCAAAUUUGCAUCCAAAGUGUACAAAAGAGAAAUCAUUCUAAGAGACAAUAACCGGUUCCAUUUCAUCCAUCAAGGAAAGUGUUCUUGCGGUGACUUCUGGUGA